UUUUUCUUUCUCAUUUAAAAGGUCUCGUUUGCAGCAGAGGGGAAAAACUGGCAUUCUAGUGUGUGUUUUGUGUGUGUCACAGACUCAGACAGACCAAAACUUUUCUCGAGUUUGGUUUUCUUUUUUCUUGGCUUCAUUAACAUGCACAAGUCCACUUAAUAGUCCACACCUUGGCUUCUCUCUCCUUCUCUCUCUCUCUCUCUCCAAAUUCCAAAAAAAAUGUCUCUGGCAAUAUUAUGUGUGUUGGUUGCUGGGGCAUAAUGGUGCAAAAGUUGUAGCCUUGAAGGGUUGAACACAAGGGUUUUAGAGGGGUGAUUGGUAAAAGUGAAAAAAAAAUAAAAAAAAUUCAAUCUUGUUACUGUUUUACUAUGAAAUUUGAGAUGGGUUUAGGGUAUUAUGGUUCUCUUCUGCUUCUUGCAUUGCUAUUCAGGCCUUUUGUCUGCCAAGAGCCUAACAAAGAUGAAUCUUUUGUCUUAGAAUUCUUUCACAAAAUGGGCCAAAAUGAAAACUUUUCUGGCUCAUCCUGUUCAUGGAGAGGAGUAGUUUGUGAUGCCCAUGGUGAGAAUGUUGUGAAAUUGGAGGCCUCAGGUUUUGGUUUAUCUGGUGCAAUCCCAGAUUCCACCAUUGGUAAACUCAUGAAGCUUGAAUCUUUGGAUCUCAGCAACAACAAGAUCACUGCCUUACCUAAUGAUUUCUGGGAUUUGGGCUCUCUCAAGAAUCUCAAUCUCUCACACAACCAAAUUUCUGGGGUUUUACCAAGUAACAUAGGCAACUUUGGCCAACUCCAAAGCUUAGACCUUUCAUUCAACAAUUUCUCUGGGAGUAUCCCUGAAUCAGUCAGCUCCCUCCUCAGCUUGCAGGCCCUCAACCUCAACCGAAACCAGCUCGAAUCAAGAAUCCCAUGGGGGAUUCUGCAAUGCCAAUCUUUGGUCUCCAUUGAUCUUUCAGCAAACAAGCUGAAUGGCUCUCUCCCUAUUGGCUUUGGUGCUGCACUGCCUCAGCUGAGGUUCUUGAACCUUGCUGGGAACGGCGUUUUGGGCCGUGAUUCGGAUUUUGCAGGGAUGAAAUCGAUUAGGGUUCUUAACAUUUCUGGCAAUCUGUUUAGGGGCUCUGUUGUUGGUGUUUUUGUAGGGCAAUUGCAGGUGGCUGAUCUGAGCAGGAACCAGUUUCAAGGCCACAUUGCUCAGGUAAAUUUCAGCUCCACCUUCAAUUGGUCGAAUUUGCUGUAUUUGGAUGUAUCUGAGAACGCGUUUAGUGGUAGAUUUUCGACUGGUUUAAGCCAUGCUGUGAAGCUUAAGCACCUUAAUCUUGCACACAAUAGGUUUAGAGAGCAAGAGUUCUUGCAAGUUGAUAUGCUUUCUAGUUUAGAGUAUCUGAAUCUAUCAGGGACUAAUUUGAUUGGUGAGAUUCCUAGUAAUGUCUCUCAUUUAAGUAGUUUGAGGAUUCUUGAUCUAUCCAAGAACAAUCUUAGCAGCCAUAUACCUCCAAUUACUGCAAAGAAUCUUCGAGUUCUUGAUCUUUCUUGCAACAAGCUAGUAGGAGAGAUCCCAUUGAUGCUCAUUCAACAACUCCAUGAGUUGGAGAGGUUCAACUUCUCUUACAACAACCUUAGCUUUUGCGCGUCGCAGUUCUCCUCGGAGACUCUCCAUACCGUGUUUAUUGGAUCAGUGAACAGCUGCCCUAUUGCUGCAAAUCCGGCCUUCUUCAAGAGGAACGCCCCGAAGCAUAGAGGGCUAAAGCUCGAGGUGGCUCUAACCCUCUCCAUGGUCUGUGUGCUUGUGGGGCUGCUCUUUCUGGCAUUUGGGUGUCGAAGCAAGACCUCGAUGUGGGCAGUGAAACAGAGUUCUAGUAAGGAAGAGCUCACUAUCUCGGGGCCCUUCUCGUUCCACACGGAUUCAACCACUUGGGUGGCUGAUGUGAAGCAAGCCACAAUGGUGCCCGUGGUGAUAUUUCAGAAGCCGUUGCUCAACUUCACGUUCGCAGACCUCCUGUCUGCAACGUCUCAUUUUGAUCGAGAUACGUUGCUAGCUGAGGGGAGGUUCGGCCCUGUGUAUCGUGGCGUGUUGCCAGGGGGCAUUCAUGUUGCUGUCAAGGUCUUGGUCCAUGGAUCCACGAUGACAGACGAGGAAGCUGCACGAGAGCUCGAGUAUCUUGGCCGUGUCAAGCAUCCCAACCUCGUCCCUCUCACCGGAUACUGCCUGGCCGGGGAGCAGAGGAUCGCCAUCUAUGAUUACAUGGAAAACGGAAACCUGCACAACCUGCUAUACGAUCUGCCUCUAGGCGUGCAGACCACGGAGGACUGGAGCACCGAUACUUGGGAAGACGAGGGCCAUGUCAUACGGAAUGCUGGCUCGGGGGGGCUGCUCACGAGCUGGGGGUUUAGGCACAAGAUCGCGCUUGGAACUGCUCGUGCACUCGCAUUCCUUCACCACGGCUGCUCGCCCCCCAUCAUCCACAGAGAUGUCAAGGCCAGCAGCGUCUAUCUCGACUACGAGCUGGAGCCGAGGCUCUCGGACUUCGGACUGGCUAAGAUAUUCGGGAAUGGCCUUGGGGACGAGGUUGCCCGUGGAUCACCCGGAUACGUGUCUCCCGAGUUCCUUCAGCCGGAGGGUAGCUCACCGGAGGCCCCCACCCCGAAGUCUGAUGUGUACGGAUUCGGAGUGAUACUCUUCGAGCUCAUCACUGGGAAAAAGCCCGUUGGAGACGAGUAUCCGGAGGAGAGGGAAGGCAACCUAGUGAGUUGGGUGCGAGGGUUGGUGAGGAGGAGCCAAGGGUCACGAGCCAUCGAUCCAAAGAUCCGUGGGACGGGGCAGGAUGCACCGGUAGUCGAGGCCUUGAAGAUCGGAUACCUAUGCACGGCCGAGGCGCCGUCGAAGCGGCCGAGCAUGCAUCAAGUGGUUGGAUUGCUCAAGGAUCUUGAACCACUUGCACAACAAUGAAUAGACCUUAGCCUUGUUUUUUUUUUUUUUUUUCACUUCAAUGAGCUCCUUAGUUUUGUUUGUGACUUAAUUGUCUAUGUUUCUCAUUUGCCAUACUUAUUCUUGGCUACAAUCUCCAAUUUAUAUACACAUGGUUUGAUCA